AUGCCGUGCAAUAAUCCACCUUUCGGACCUCCAGUUCACCGACCAGCUUUUGGAAUAUCGGUUCAACUCGGUGGACAUCAUCACCAUCCUCAUGGACCACCUCCACCGUAUUAUGGACAUCAUCAUCAUCAUCAUCAUCAUGGUUUUGAUCAUUGGGAUUAUCACCAUGGGCAUCACCAUGGACACCACUACCACCACCACCAUGGACAUCACCAUGGACACCAUCAUCAUCACCAUUGCUGA